GGAUAAUACUACCAGCUACUAAAUAAACCACUGGAGUUAAGAGUUCAAUAGGUCAAGUAAGAAAAGGAUAAUACUACCAGCUACUAAAUAAACGGGUGAGCACUUGGAAUUGUUCUAGCACAGAAAUAACAAGGGUUAAAAAAAAGAUAUUAUAUGAGGUGACUCUUGUAAUAAAAGGAAAAACACAUCUAUAUAUUAAAGGAUUCUGGGAUUUUAAGUUCUAUAGCUACAGUACACCUGUGCCUGGAAUGAUGAAAAGGUUCAUGCCAAAAUCUCCAUCUCAUACACUGCUUGCCUUUUGCUUCUGGUACAUACACCUCUUGUGUUUGGUAGAGAGAUGCAAAGUUCAAGUUCGAACUAAUUUUACAGACCCAGAUGAAGAGAGGGCUCUUAAUGCCAUUUUCCAAUAUUGGGGUCUUUCUGAUACUUCUGAUGACUGGAACAUAAGUGGAGACCCAUGUAGUGGGACUGCCGUUGAUCUAUCAAUUAGAAUCAGCGAACCUGGGAUCAAAUGUGAUUGCCAAUCCAACGGUGGAGGCACCUGCCACAUAACCGCAAUGAGUGUGCAAGGGUACUCGACAGGGAGACGGCGGGUAAUUCCGGAAGAGCUCCUGAACCUGACAUACCUUACAAAUUUGACUCUAUCAGGUAUUGGCAUGGAGGGCUCCCUGCCAUCAUUUAUCGGUAAAUUUAGGCACCUGCGCCACCUGGAUAUAAGCUACAAUAAUUUCAAUGGUCCGCUCCCACCUGAGAUAGGGACUUUGCCAAGUCUGAAGCACUUGCAUAUAAUGAGUGCUGGCUUCAAUGGUAUGCUCCCACCUGAGCUCGGGAAUCUGUCAAGGCUACAACAACUGGAUAUAAGCUCCAAUGGCUUCAACGGUUUGCUCCCACCUGAGCUGGGGAAUUUGUCAAGUCUGCAAGAACUAUACAUGAGUAUAAGCGGGAUAGGCGGCGAGAUUCCUUCAACAUUUGCUAACUUGAGAAACAUGAAGAUCUUGUGGGCAUCUGGUAGCCAGUUGACAAAGAUACCUAAUUUCAUUGGGAAUUGGUCUCUUACAGAUUUGGAUGUGUCAAAUAAUUCCAUAACGGGUCCCUUGUCAGCAUUCACCCGCAACAUAACCACCAUGCGCUCCUUGGAUGUCUCAGAAAAUAACAUGACGGGUCCCUUGCCAGCAUCUAUCGGCAAUUUAAAGAACUUGAGCUUCCUGCAUUUGUCACAAAAUUACAUAACGGGUCCCUUGCCAGCUUCUAUCGGCAAUUUAAUGAACUUGCGUUACCUUGACGUUAGCAUGAAUGCCAUAUCAGGGAGCACCCCUAAAAAGCUGGGAAACCUUCGGAAUCUAAUCUCCUUGAAUAUAGCCUCAAACAACUUCACUGGUUCGCUCCCACCUGAGCUGGGGAAUUUGACAAGUCUGCUAACACUAUACAUGGAUAGCAGUGGGCUAAGCGGCAAGAUUCCUUCAACAUUUGCCCGCUUGAGAAACGUGAAUGCCUUGUGGGCAUCUGAUAACAACUUCACAGGAAAGAAACCUGAUUUCAUUGGGAGUUGGGCUCUUACCUAUUUGAGUAUGCAAGGCAAUGCUUUCGUGGGUCCCAUACCAUCCAGAUUUUAUAACUUGACCUCACUGCAAUAUUUGUGGCUCAGUGAUGUGUCUAAUGGGAGCCCCUCGUAUUUUAUUGAGAAUAUGACAUCUUUAUCUACCUUGUAAGGCUAUAUGAUCUCAGCAUAUGGAGUAAUAUUAAUGUGUUAGAUUUUAUUUAUUUACUUUUUAUCC